AUGGCGGCGUGCGCUUCACCUCAACAGCUGUCUUCUCCACGACACUCAUAUUCCUCGUCCCCUUCCGCCUACUCCGCCGGUUUCCAUUCUCGGCAGUUCCUGCAAUUCAACCCUCUCAACUUCAAACGUCCCAGAAUGUUCUCUGUCCGCGCUUCAUCGGCAUCAGAUGACUCCGUGGUGACGCUGCUUGAUUACGGAGCUGGAAAUGUGAGGAGUCUCAGAAAUGCGAUUCGCGCCCUUGGGUGCGGCAUUAAGGAUGUACAAACACCGGAGGAUAUUCUGAAUGCCCGGCGUCUUAUUUUUCCUGGUGUAGGUGCGUUUGCACCUGCCAUGGAUGUGCUGAACAAUAAGGGAUUGGCUGAAGCACUCUGUAAUUAUAUUGAGCAAGAUCGCCCAUUUCUAGGCAUCUGUCUUGGAUUGCAGCUACUUUUUGAGUCUAGUGAGGAAAAUGGACCAGUGAAGGGCCUUGGUUUGAUUCCUGGAGUAGUUGGGCGUUUCGACACAUCAAGUGGAUGCAGAGUACCUCACAUUGGCUGGAAUGCCAUCAAAGUAACAAAAGACUCCGAGAUUUUGGAUGAUAUUGGAAAACACCAUGUCUAUUUCGUUCAUUCUUAUCGUGCCAUCCCAUCAGAUGAUAACAAAGAGUGGAUCUCUUCCACAUGUAACUAUGGAGAUGAAUUUAUAGCUUCCAUAAGAAGGGGAAAUGUACAUGCUGUUCAGUUUCACCCAGAGAAGAGUGGUGAGGUUGGCCUUUCUGUCCUGAGGAGAUUUUUGUAUUCAAAGUCUGUGGUUGGAAAGGUGCCAGUGCAAGGCAAUGCAUCUAAGCUUGCAAAGAGGGUCAUUGCUUGUCUUGAUGUGAGGGCAAAUGACAAAGGAGAUCUGGUUGUAACUAAAGGAGACCAGUAUGAUGUAAGAGAGCACACUGAAGAAAACGAGGUGAGAAACCUUGGCAAGCCGGUGGAUCUUGCUGGACAAUAUUAUAAAGAUGGAGCUGAUGAGGUCAGCUUCUUGAAUAUUACUGGCUUUCGGGACUUUCCUCUAGGUGAUUUACCAAUGCUGCAGGUACUGAGGUAUGCAUCAGAGAAUAUAUUUGUGCCGUUAACAGUUGGAGGUGGUAUUCGAGAUUUUACUGAUGCAAAUGGCAGGUAUUACUCAAGUUUGGAAGUUGCUUCAGAGUAUUUCCGAUCUGGUGCAGACAAAGUUUCGAUUGGAAGUGAUGCAGUUUAUGCUGCUGAAGAAUACCUGAAGACCAAAGUAAAAACGGGUAAGAGCAGCCUGGAGCAGAUCUCUAGAGUUUAUGGGAAUCAGGCCGUGGUUGUAAGCAUUGAUCCUCGUAGAGUGUACGUGAAGGAUCCCAGGGAUGUUGAAUUCAAGUCGGUGAGAGUUUCAAAGCCAGGUCCGAACGGCGAGGAAUUUGCAUGGUACCAGUGCACUGUGAAUGGUGGGCGAGAAGGCCGACCAAUUGGAGCAUAUGAGCUUGCUAAAGCUGUUGAAGAACUCGGGGCUGGUGAAAUACUCCUAAAUUGCAUUGACUGUGAUGGUCAGGGGAAAGGAUUUGAUAUAGAUCUCGUAAAGUUGAUAUCAGAUGCAGUGAGCAUUCCUGUGAUAGCAAGUAGUGGUGCUGGAUCUGUCGAACAUUUUUCUGAAGUUUUCUCUAAAACAAAUGCGUCUGCUGCCCUUGCUGCCGAUGCACUUAAGGAAACAGUCGAGUGGGUGAUUUCUGAAGCUGACUGA